AUGUUGGCAGGACUACCUGAAUUGGUCGACUAUUGUUGCCGUUUACCCCUAGGUGUCGUGGCUGGGCCUAUCACGGAUAAUGAAGGGCGUAUCGCGGCUAUAGAAUGGCCUAAGUUCUUGAUCAUGAGUAGGUUGGUUCUUGCGUUCAUUGCAACCGUCAUGCUUCUGUUCUCGUUUCAACUCAACGACGGCUACUGGCCUCUCAUAUUCCUUGAUUUCAUAAUCGGUAGUGCAGGAACAGCAGUUGUAUUUGUCCUUGCCAAUAUAUCGAUCUUCCAAACUAACCCCCAGCCUACGCGGCCAAAGUUAGAGCUGUCUUCAAUUUUGCUCUUCAACUUGGCGCUGCAAUUGAUUCCUCAUCGACAACAUCUAUUUGACGUCUGUUGCCGAAAAGGUCGUCGAGAAUGGGACCUUUGGUGGGACCCAUUUUCAGGGCCGCUCCGCUUCUCUUUAGUUCUUGCUGGCAUGGGUGGCGUUUUACAAGUAGGACAGGCGCCCUGA